AUGACAGAUAAGUCGCCUGAUUGUUUGUCCUGCUACGUUUCACAGUUAGAAAUGGCGGCUAACAACGUGGGAUACACACUGCAACCGUUGAUUCCUAUCAGAGUAAAUCUUCCCCCACAGUAUCAUCCCUUCUUCGUUCGGUUGCACAUGAACUUCUUAAGUCUUCAAAUCGAUCGUAAAUGGGAGUCGCUCCCGGAGAUUGAUCGCAUCCCUUACACAAUUGCCAUUUUUGCUAUUCUCGAUGACUUGGAACAACUGUUGGAUAUCGGAAUGAAACCGAAUACUGAGAACGGAGUACAAAGAGUCAUCAAGCUGAUGCGCCGAAUCAAAAACCUCAUAAGUCUGAUGACCAGUGUCGCGGAUGAUUCUAAUUUUAAGUUUUAA